CAUCCUUGUCAUAAUCCCGGAGCGGCAAAACGAGAAAAAGACGCGAGGGCUCAGCAAGCGAGUCGUCAUUGUUGGGCUGAGCACUGGAACUAGUCGAAAGCAUGGAUUUAUCGCUGCUCAGGAACAUUCUUCUUCCAACUUUGUUGUGCAUGGUCACAGCUCAGUCCGUGGAUGCAAUUGAACUAAAAGUCGAAGGUAAUCUUAAACGAAUUCUCACCCCAGGAGGACAAGAAAGAUUUACCUGCAGGAUAAAUGAAGGUCUUAUGUUCAUUUUCAAAAAUGAUAUCAGCUGGGUUCAUCGCUCACUUGUCAGUAACACAGAACAAAUUCUGACCACGCAAAGUGUUCUCCACUAUGAUGCAUCACCAGACAAAUACGAAAUUGAGUUUGUGGCAAAAACAGAUCAAGGGAGUGACAUACAGUACCUGUUGGCAACUCUAACUGUGAAAAAUGUGGAAGCUGGUGAUGAUGGCCAAUACAUUUGUCGCAAUAUUGAGAAGAGUAACAGCAUGGCGACCGAUUCCCAACCUGUUGAUGUGUCUAUAACUCAUGAUGUUCAGAAAGUUUCUCUCAUCAUCCAUGACAGGAAACCUGUGACUGGAACUGAAAGAAUCGAACUUGAAGAGGGUGAAUAUCCUGUUAGGUGUGAUGCAAAAGAUUUUAGCCCAGAUGUGGAUAUCAAGAUUGCCAUUGGAGGCGUACCAGUAAAUGGCAUUUCCAAAGUCACACAGAUAGAUAAUGCAUUGUCUUCAGCAGCAAACUCAAGGCGCUACAGUGCAAUGGCAGGAGCCUCUCGACUGAUGUUAUCUUCAGAGGACUCUGGCAAAACCCUUUCCUGCACAGCAAGUGCAACAUUUCAAGGAGCUCGAUCAAGCACUGCAAGUGUAAUACUUACAGUUCUUUCUGCUCAAUCCGUGGAUGCAAUUGAACUAAAAGUCGAAGGUAAUCUUAAACGAAUUCUCACCCCAGGAGGACAAGAAAGAUUUACCUGCAGGAUAAAUGAAGAUCUUAUGUUCAUUUUGAAAAAUGAUAUCAGCUGGGUUCAUCGCUCACUUGUCAGUAACACAGAACAAAUUCUGUCCACGCAAGGUGUUCUCGACAAAGAUGCAUCACCAGACAAAUACGAUAUUGAGUUUGUGGUAAAAACAGAUCAAGGGAGUGACAUACAGUACCUGUUGGCAACUCUAACUGUGAAAAAUGUGGAAGCUGGUGAUGAUGGCCAAUACAUUUGUCGCAAUAUUGAGAAGAGUAGCAGCAUGGCGACCGAUUCCCAACCUGUUGAUGUGUCUAUAACUCGUGAGUGUGCUUUUUUUGUUUGUUUUAUGUUUAUGCUUUUGUUAAAUUUAAAGAAAUGAGCUCAGAUGCAUAUAACUUUCGUUUAUAACUGAUUCAUGUAGGUUUUAAAAUGAUGCUGUUUUUUUCAGCUAAGUAUUUUCUAAAAUAAUUACAGUAUUAAUCCUGUAACUAAAACAGGAAUGGCUGGCCUUCAAAAUUUUUUAUUUUAAUAUUGUAAAAUGAAUGAUUAAUAGCAGUUUUGAACUGAACCACUUAGCAUCAACAAUCCAGUUUUUACCUCCACAUUAUCAUGGCUUGGAUUUUAAGUUGGAAGCAAUGUUCUUGCCAUUCAGGUUUAUCUUGCUUUGGUCAUGGUCUCAUAGUUGAAUGAUUCACUCAGAUGAAGUCAAGCCUCAGAAAUGUGCUUGAUUAAAAAUUAUAAAUCCUUCUAGAGGUGAUGUUGCCAUCCUCUGCAGAACAAGGGAGAUAAUGCAGAAAAGUGAUGCAACAGACAAGUUGGU